AUGUAUUAUAUUGAUUUUUUCGUAAGUAGAAGUGACUUUUACAAAAAACCAUUCCCUAAUAUUGGAUUAAAAUCAAUUGAAGAGUUUUUCUCAGAUAUAACAGAUUAGAAAAAAAGUUAACAAACAUUAGGAUUAUCUUUAGAUGAUAAAAUAAAAUAACAAACCAUUUUGCAUGAUUAGAACUAAUUAGAUUCAAAACAAUUGUAGGAGGAAUCAAAAAUUAAAAUCCCAAAUUAAGUUAUUUUAAAGGAGUUAAGUGUCAAGUCUCAAGAUUCUUAAAACUUAAAUAAAAAAUUAAUACUUUUCAAAGGUGCUAAAACAGUAAAAUAAUUGGUUGGCAAAAUACUUCAUAUAAAAAAUUAUAGUAAAUCAUAAGGGAAAAAAAGAAAGAAUGUUAAAUGCACAUGUAAAAAGAAUCAAUGUUUUAAUCUUUAUUGUGGGUGUUAUCAAAUAUAAAAACAUUGCACAAAAUCAUGUAAAUGCAAAAAAAUCGAAUGCCACAAUAUGCCAAAUACAGAUUCCCAAUUAUAUCAAUAGUCGCAAUGA